UAGUCUAUUAAUCAGUUCAAUUUUGUCAGCUAGUCGUACAAGAAAUCGGCUCUACGAGGUAGUCAGGAAAUUAAGUUUAAAGAAUGGCUUUUAAAUCUCAACCCAAAGGUUUCGCCACAAAAGCUAUUCACAGUGGACAGUCCCCAGAGCAAUGGACCAGCAUGUGUGUUAUUCCACCUAUCGUGACAAGUACAACAUAUAAGCAUGACAAUCCGGGAGAACACAGAGGUUUUUACUAUUCUCGAAGUGGAAAUCCAACGAGAAAUGUUCUUGAAACAUGUCUUGCAUCUUUGGACAAUGCCAAACAUGGUUUAGCCUUCUCUUCUGGACUGGGAGCAAAUACAGCCAUUUUAACAAUGUUAUCUAGUGGUGAUCAUGUUGUGAUAAGUGACGAUGUCUAUGGAGGCACCAACCGUUUAUUCCGACAAGUUACAGCUAGAUUAGGAUUGGAAGCUACCUUUGUUGAUCCAACUGAUUUGGACGCACUCUCAGAUGCUAUAAAAAGCAACACCAAACUGCUGUGGAUUGAAACACCAACCAAUCCUUUGAUAAAAGUAGUUGACAUUACAGCCGUUGCAAAGUUGGCUCAUGAGAAAAAAGAAGAUAUUAUUGUCGCUGUCGACAAUACAUUUUUGACAUCCUAUUUUCAGAGGCCAUUAGAGUUGGGAGCGGAUAUGGUUGUUUACUCUUUGACUAAGUACAUGAACGGUCAUGGUGAUGUUGUUAUGGGUGCAGUAACAUUAAACGAUGAAGGUUUGCACAAUCGCCUUCGUUUCUUGCAAAGAGCAACUGGAAUAGUUCCUUCUCCAUUUGACUGUUACCAAGUGAAUCGUAGUUUGAAAACACUAGCACUUCGCAUGGAGCAACAUCAAAAAAACGCAUUGGCAGUUGCAAAAUUCCUUGAAUCAAAUUCACGCGUUGAAAAAGUUUUGCAUCCUGCACUUCCCUCUCAUCCACAACACGAACUUGCUUUAAAACAAACCUACGGCUAUAGUGGAGUAUUUUCGUUUUACAUAAAGGGUAAAUUAGAAGAAUCAAGGAAGUUCUUAAAAAGUUUGAAAAUGUUCACUUUGGCUGAAAGUCUCGGUGGUUACGAGAGCUUAGCUGAAUUACCAUCUGUGAUGACACAUGCUUCUGUUCCACUUGAGCAAAGGAUAAUGUUGGGAAUAACCGAUUCUCUGGUUAGAAUAUCGGUUGGCCUAGAGGACUCAGAUGAUUUAAUUGAGGAUUUACGUCAAGCUCUUGAAGCUAUGUGAACAAAGAUAAAAGAUGUUAAAUGAACAUAGAUGCAUCCAAAGUUCAAUUUAAUGUAGUAUCUAUUCACAUUUUGUUUUACUAAUAUUUCAAUAAGAUACAUAUGCUAAUUAUGAAUUCCUAUUAAAAUAAACAAUCAGUGCUUGUAAUUUGUUUAAGGAUGUUUAACACAAA